GUCUCACGAGUCACUACUCACGCCGGUCAACGAGUCUCACGAGUCACUACUCAGGCCGGUCAACGAGUCUCACGAGUCACUACUCACGCCGGUCAACGAGUCUCACGAGUCACUACUCAGGCCGGUCAACGAGUCUCACGAGUCACUACUCAGGCCGGUCAACGAGUCUCACGAGUCACUACUCAGGCCGGUCAACGAGUCACACGAGUCACUGGUAGAGUUGUAGACGACACCAACGGAGGGGGAGUCCGUGUGUGUGUGUGUUGAACAAUUACUACUUAUUAAAGCUACAGACAACUUUGCCAGACAUACUUUAACCGAGGACAAUAUUAAGCAGGUCAAUAUCUUUAUCUUGCUGUUGGUAGAGAGGCUUCCACUGCAAGGAUCACCUGUCAGAAGCUCUUCCUUGGCACUAUAAAAUUGUCACUGUUUGCUGCUGCCUCUUGUUUACAAUAUUUGUAUCACAUCUCAGGACCAAGUUGAAGUUCACAAUGUCAAGCAAGGAAAAAAAAUUUUCAUGUGAGGAAUGUGGGAAACGGUUUUCUGGAAAUAGUGAUCUGAAGAGACACUUGUUUGUACACAAUGGUAUAAAAAAGUUUAAGUGUGAUGAAUGUGACAAACAGUUUUCCUUAAAUAGUAAUCUCAAGAGACACUUGCGUGUUGUGCACGAAGGUAUUAAGAAGUUUCAAUGUGAUGAAUGUGGAAAACACUUUGGAGGGAAGGCUGAUCUCAAGAGACACAUGAUUGUGCACAAUACCUGUAGUAUUAUAAUUAAAAAGUUUAAAUGUGAUAAAUGUGGGAAACAGUUUACCCAAAAGAGUUCACUCAAAACACACGCUGUUGUGCACAAUCCUGUUAAAAAGUUUAGUUGUGAUAAAUGUGGGAAAUGUUUUGCCCAAAAGAAUUCACUCAAAACACACACACUCGUGCACAAUGGUAUUAAAAAUUUUAAAUGCAAUGAGUGUGAGAAACAGUUUUCCAUUAAGAGUAACCUCACUGCACACUUACUUGUGCACAAUGGUUUAAAAAAGUUCAAAUGUGAUGAUUGUGGGAAACAUUUUGCACUUAAGGGUCAACUCAAGAAACACAUACUGGGGCACAAUGGCAUUAAAAACUUCAAAUGUGAUGAAUGUGGGAAGUUUUUUGCCCAAAGGAGUUCUCUCAAAGCACAUCAACUUAGGCACUCUGGUGUUAAAAAACUUUUCAAGUGUGAUGAAUGUGGGAAACAUUUUGCAUUCAAGGGUCAUCUGAAGAGGCACAUACUUUUACACACUGGUAUUAAGAAGUUUAAGUGUGAUGAAUGUGGGAAACUUUUUGCCCAAAAUGAUGCUCUCAAGGCACACACACAGACACACAGUGGUAUUAAGAAUUUCAAAUGUGAUAAUUGUGGAAAACAUUUUGGCUAUAAGAGUACUCUCAAGGCACACAUACUUGCACACAAAUGUAUAAAAGAGUUUAAAUAAGAUGAAUAUUGGAAAUGCUUUUCCCAGAAGGACCAUCUGAAAUACCAUAAACUUUUACAGUACAUAAACAAAAAUAGAAUUGAAUUAAUGUUUGAAUUACUUUAGCAGAAGUUAAAUGUGACUCAAUAUACUUGACUACUGUAAUAUAGAUUAAUAUAAAGCUUCUUCAGUAACAACCUAUCUAAACAGAAGUGACUAAUGCCAUUUUUGUAAAUGUUAAACAAGCUUUUGUAAGUAAAAUAAACUUGUGUUAGUUGUGAUGGUAAAAAAGUAAGAUUUAUUUUGCUGGUCAAAUCAGGUGUUGAUGUGUACUGUACUUAACCAUGUCAUGUUGUCACUUGUAAACUGUGCAUCAUAUGAUUGUUAAUCACAUGUACUGUACAUCAUCAUAUGUUAAAUCUUUCUAGUGAUCUUUUUCAUUCCUAUAUGGUACAGGUCUCCCCCGAUUUAUGAUAUUCUGCGUUAACGAUGGUGAUGUAUUAAGACCACCCACUAUUUGCGAUGUAAACAGUCCACAUGAACGAUGGUCAUCGUCUGCCGUAAGCACUUAAGUCACAAAAAAAACAAUGUAAGCUUUAGUGAUGUCAUCUCACUGUAAGAAAAAACAAAAAAAUCACUGCUAAGUAACAACACUGAUACUGACUGUUGAAUAACUUGAUUGCGGUCAUAUGGCAUCACUAGGGAAUAAAGCUUGGUACUGUACUAUAGUGCCCAGGCUGGACACUAGGUGGUGUGCAUGAUUGCUGGUGUUGUUCCCUUGGAUAUACUGGACCAUAUGUGUUACACCCCCUUUACCCAUGGUGUCUACACAAUACUCCCCCAUAUUGACCCUGAUGUCUUUCUACAAGACUCACUGGGUUACACCAAACCCAACUGUAACUAUUACUUUCCUGACUCACCUGAGUUUAGUUCCAUCCUUAUACUACCUCAAUCCUUCUCCCCAAUUAGCCAUAAUAUCAGCAGCAUCCCCUUCACUUAGUUACAUUUAUAGAUCAGUGUAUAUCUUUUAUUGUCCACAAAUUGAUGUACUUGGGUUCUGUGAGACCAAACUCACUAAUGAUAUUGAACAUUGUUUAGCAUUCCUAAUUAUACUGGACACUGCGUCAAUACGUCUUGACACAGUGGUAGUGUCACGCCACAAGUUGAUAUUAAGUACUAUAUAACACUUGUGUAAGAGAUAAUUUAAAUGUUCAGGAGGAGUACUAUCGUGCACAAAAGUCGUGUCCACUACCCAGCCACAGUGAGGGUUCGAAUAACCCGAGUUUGAAAUUUCGAAACAGCUGGGGGAAAUGCUAUGGUCGGCCAACAGAUGUCGCCCACUGUAGUGUGUGUGGGGGAUAGAGGAGGUGGGGGCUGAAUGAGAGGCAGGUUGUGUGAGAGUGGAGCAUUAUCAUGAACCCUAUACACGGUACUGAUAACUUGAGAAAUGUGACAGAUGGUUUAUAUUACUGAUAAGAUUGAAUUAUAUAGGUUUUAAUGCAGUGUUUCCGAAAGAUAAAACGAGGCUGAAGCAGCAUAAUUAGUAUAGUCCUGUUGAACAAAUAUUACUGCACGUAACAGUAUCUCAGGUGUUAGAACAGCAGUAUAGAAAAAGUUAUUUUCUGUGGAGAUGUGCGACAAAGCUCCCUGGGCCCCAGCGUUUCACCUCCCCACAUUAUUCCCUAUGAUGUCACUCGGACAUGCAUGCUUCUACAACUGUGCGGCAUAUACAAUGUCUUAUGAUGAGUAUUCAUAUGCAGUAUUUGGCAUUGUCACUGACACUGAUGGCUGCAGUAAAUUUAGGGAAAGGCUAUGAUUUCUUGUAAUUGGAAGAUUAUGGACUCUGGGGUGCAAGACCCUUUGGAGGGUAGGAUGGCUGGGGUUUGGGAUUAUGCAUAAGAAGAAAAAGUUACAAACAUGAAUAAAGGCUAAGGAAAAAGAACCUUCCGGCCUCAACCAGACUGCUACAUGAUAUAUGGUCUUAAAUUGUUCACUAAAGUGGUUUAUUUAUUAUUUAUACCACCAUAAUUUCAAGCUGCCUUUUUAACUACGUUUUGUCUUACAGUUGUUUCUUUAUGGUUACGAAUUCAUGGAACAGGUGCAGUGCCCUGGGUGC